CCGGGAGACGGUAGUCAACUGGACUUCUCCAAGAGUCUCCAGAACGGCAUCAACAUUAAGCGGCUAAGCCUUAAGAGGAGGCCUCGAGUGGCCGUCGGCAAUGAGGAAAAAGCGCAAAGCAGCGUUUCAUCCGGCCAGUGGCAUUCUGCGGAUUCCCUCUCGUCCUCGAGCAGUGAUGACACGAGACUCCUCGGUCGACCUCCUCUUCCUCCACCGCAUGGAUCCACCGCUCCCAAAAAUGAAGGACCGGAUCGCAGUGGCGAAUUUAGGCCCUCGCCUGCUUCGAGAGCUCCGUUGCAAAAACAAAGCCCUUCGUCGGAGCAGAGCAUCACCGAGCAACACCGGAACCUGGAGCAGGAGACAACGAGCCACACCCUGGGUCCCCGCCGCCGACUGGCCAGCUUCGCCGGAGUGAGCUCCCCUGGUUCUCUUUCUCGCUACACCGGGUUGGGCGCUUACGAUGACAAUAACGACGGCGGCAAGGCUCGUGAAAUCGGCGGCCACAUGCAAGGACUUCUUGGCUCCGCCCUGGGAAGCAGAGGGAGCACAGGUUGCCUCCAGUCGAGCCCUCAGGCAUCGGGAAGGAGCACCCCGGUCUCGAGCGUUGGCCCAACGCAGCUGCUGAAUGUCCGAGAUCAAAUGGUGGUGGCCCUGCAGAAGCUGAGGGAGCUAGAAGAACAAGUAAAGAUCAUCCCCUUACUCAAAGUGAAAAUCUCGGUCCUCCAGGAGGAAAAGAGGCAACUGGCCUCGCAACUCAAGAUCCAGAAUGAGGACUCGGAGAGGAGAACUGAGGAAGAACCGCAGGCCGAAGAGAAGAGGGAUUGCUACGACUUCAGCGAGAGAGAUGAAGAGAUGCUGGCACUCGAGAGGGCCAUCAAGACUGGACAUUAUCCGACGUGGCAAGGAAGAAGCCGUUGCCAAAAGGAUGAUAAGAUAGUUGAUGGAGAAGCCACGAAAGAAAACAGUCAAACUUCCACGGCAGCACAGUUUCAACAUAGCCGUCUCACGGAUUUAGAAGCAGAGGUUCAAGAGCAGCAACAAGUCAUUGCUGCCUUAAAGGAGAAAAGCAUUCACUUGGAGGCGGAGUUGAAGGAAUCCUCUCUCCAAGCUGAAAUGAACCGGCUGAAACUGGAGCUUCAGGCUGCAGGAGCUAGAAACCGAGUAGACAAAGCCUCCUCCGCCAAGCCAUCCGUGGCGAGCUGCAGCACCGACGCAAGGCCCGACACCACAAGCCAAGGGGUGGGCAACCACAUCCAGCUCAAAGAUGCCAGCACGGGGGAGGCGGUACAGGUGCAGAAUGCGGCUACAUCAUGUUGUGGCCCAGAGUUGAAAAACGUUGGGAUUGGUCCAGAUCUAGCCAUGAGCCGCUGGGAGGUCCGAGAGCGAGCGGAAACCAGGGAGAAGGGCGUGGGGGUCCACGUUUCCACUAACUCUCAAGGAGUCGGAGUGGAGGUGAAACUCAGCGAUGCCGAAAGCAACACGGAAAUACCGUGGCGGAAUCUGGAGCGUAAGGAACUCGCGUCAGUGGCAUGCGGAGACUGUUCCGUGAAUGUGAUCGUCCGCCAGGCAAAGGAUACGGUUUCCAAAGGCACGGUGACUGAUCCGGUCAAAGGUCUCGGACUCACGGCGUCACCCCAGACAAUGUCCCAACGUACCAACACCGCAGUCAACUCCGUGACUCGUUUCACAAACACCAGACAUGGCAUCAGCACAGACUCCAGUACAAAUACUGUCCUCAAAAGCCAACACAAGCACACCAACACCACCAAGGCCGCCACGACCAGGACGGUAGCGGUCGGAAAAGGGGUCAAAGACGUCAAGUGCGUCCUCAAGACACGCACGGUUGGCGUCGGAACCAGCCCCCUGGAAGGAAACGUCCCGAAACCAAAUACCAGAGACAUUGGUGUAGGAUUCAUGAACAUUUAUGAGAACUCCCUGGUCGGCCUUAAAACCCAAAACAUGGCCUCGGGACCAUCCCAUCUCCCCGACCCGGUGAACACUCGGAGCAUUGGCGUCGGCGAUGGGAGGAUACGGGAUCUGUCCGGUUCAAACGCUGCAGCUGGUCAGGAGAUUGCCCCUUCUCAGUACAAUUCGGCGUUGGAUAGUGGCAUUGAAAAGCUAGCAGCGGUACUCCAGCCACGUCGUGGCCUUCAAACCAGCUCGUCGCUAUCGGCCAAUACCGGAGAUGUGGCUCGAGGCGCUUCAUUUGAUUCAGAGAAAAUUGAAGUGCCGGCAGACUCCUGCAACUCUUGUCAGCAGGGUGGAAAUGACUCGGAGGUGAAAAGAAUGAUCCAGCUGUUAGAACAACAGAGCUCAUCAGCCGUGAGAGAUGGAGCAACUCUUUUCGGCACUCCGCGCAAAGCCACAAAGAAGGAAAACGGCGAGCAAGGUUGCAGCAACACCAGGAAAAACAUGCGCUUCAUGAAGGCGGCCAGCGGGUUGAACCCACCUAGCAAGGUGUCCGCCGCCAACCCGGAGGAGGCCGAGCGGGUCUCGAGCAGAAAGCCGCGGGAGGCUCCGGUAGAUCCGACACCGGCGCGACGGCUCAAAAGCGUCGUGAGCGGCAAGGCGUCCAAAACGUCAGCAAAAUCGCAAAUCACCAAGAGGUGCAAGUUCAGUGAGAAGAUGAUGUCGGCCUGCCAGGCCUUGAAGACUCACCUGAGUGACGGCAAGCGCUUGCCCAGCAGGGAGCUGCGCGACUGCCUGCAGACGGUCCAGCAGGAGUGGUUCUCCGUGUCCGGCCCCAAGUCAGCAUCCGCCGAGUCGGUGGAGGACUACCUGUCGGGAUUCCGCGUCAUCUCGCCUUUGCUGCUGCGACACGUCGCCAACAUGGCCGACGGCAACGGCAACACGGCGCUGCACUACAGCGUGUCGCACUCCAACUUCGGCGUGGUCCAGAAGCUGCUGGAUGCCGACGUGUGCGAUGCCGACAAGCAAAACAAAGCGGGGUACACGCCCGUCAUGCUGGCUGCGCUUGCCGCCGCUGACCAACCGGAGGACAUGAACGUGGUGGAGCGGCUCUUCGAUAGCGGCGACGUUAACGCCAAAGCCACGCAGGCCGGUCAGACGGCGCUGAUGCUGGCCGUCAGCCACGGCCGCAUGGAGAUGGUGCGGGCGCUGCUGGCCCGCGGCGCCGCGGUCAACGCGCAGGACGACGAGGGCUCUACGGCGCUCAUGUGCGCCAGCGAGCACGGCCACGCCGCCAUGGUGAAGCUGCUGCUGGACCAGCCCGAGUGCGACGACGCGCUGACGGACAGCGACGACAGCACGGCCUUGUCCAUCGCCUUGGAGGCGGGACACAAUGAUAUCGCCGUGCUCCUCUACGCGCACGCCAACUUCGCCAAAGCACAUGCUGAGGCUCAUCACUGUGGAAGGUCCUAAUUGGUGUCUGGACGCAGACUAAACGCAAGGCGACCGGAAGCUUGCCAUUUUCUC